AAACGCGUUUGUCGGGCACCAGCAAUAAGCGUUGAUACGUUUCAUCUGUGCCGGUUUUGUUGUUUGUGUCGCUAUAAGUGUCGUGAAUGUAUAACGAUUCACGUUAAUUUACAAUUUUUUGGUGACUUCAAUCAAUUUCUGUUCAAAGAAACAGACGUUUAUAUUGUGUAAGUUAAGCCCAAUUCGCAGAACCGACAUGCCAUCGUUUCGUGACGACACCAUCUCUGGAGAAUCCUCAAACGUCAUAUCGAACCUCAGCAACAUCGCCAACAUGAUGCACUAUAAUCAAACGAACCUCGCAUAUCGCCCACAGCAGCAACAGGUCGCUGAUAACCCACAACAACAUCAACUGAUAAUGAAUCAAGCACAUCAGCAAACAUCGACGCAACAGGUCCAGCCACACACCGCGGUUGCGGUUGCGGCUCCCGCCGCCAUUGAAGGUCCCCAAUACUGGUACGGAUACUCGACCAGACCCAUACCCGCGACACCGGCGUUGCAUCCUCAGCAUCAACCAAGUUCAAUUCCUCCGCAGUUAUUUAACCACCCCGAAAUGCUAUCCGGAUGGCACUACACUCAGUAUCCGCCGUAUCUACAUCAGUAUCAAUCGCAGCAUCUACAUUUUCAAACGCAAUCGCAAUCGCAAUCGCAACAACAUCAUACGCAAGAACUGGAGCAACAUUCACCGUCCGAACAACGUCUCCAGCAACAUUUGUCACAGCCACAUCUGCAACAGAGUUCACCGCCCGAGCAACUCUAUCAGCAUUCGUCUCCACAGCAGCACCUCCAACAUAAUUCACCUCCCCAACAACUCUGCCAACAGCAUCCGUCGCCUCAUCAACACCUACAGCAAAGCUCGCCGCCUCAACUCUGUCAGCAACACAGUCAACAAUUGACCACUUCAUCGCCACAGCAAUUGCAGCAAAAUUCUCCGCCGCAACAACAUACCCAACCAAAUUCUUUGCCACAGCAGCGCAUUCAGCAGCGAUCGUUGCCGAAACACUUGCAGGAAAGUUCGCCGCCGCAGUUCUUCCAACAAAAUUCACCGCCACAAUAUCUCCAGUCGCAAAUACCAUCGAGAGAACAGGAAUAUGAAAUUGCCUACAGACGACGAAUGUUGAAAUGGAGCAUCAGAAACGUGAAUAUCGAUAUGGCGAUCCGUAAUCAAUAUCCACCAGCGACCACAAAAAUGAAUGGUAACGUAGACGGCAAUAUGAACGGCAGUAUGAAUGGCAGCCUGAACGGUAGCAUGAACGGCAGCAGCCAUAGCAACAACAGCGCUUCUCCUACAACACCACCUAAUUUUCAUAUUGUGCCAUACGAUGACUUACCCUGUGCGUCUCGCAACAUGAAUUUAUCAUCCACAUCUGGCAAUAUAAACCUGCUACCUACAAACAUGAACGUGCCGUCCACAUCUAGAGAUAUGCCGUCUACAUCCAGAGACAUGCCGACCACGUCCAGAGAUAUGUCGUCCACAUCAAGAGACAUGUCAUCCACAUCAAGACGUCACCAAUUAUACACAUCCCAUAGAAUUCAAGGGAGAAGGAGUCCGUACGAGUGGAUGAAAAGGCCGUCCUAUCAAAGUCAACCUAAACCAGAAUGCAACGCCGAAACUGUCGGCAGCGCGGAUUCAACGUCGCCAAUUAAUGAACUCUGUUGCCGACUUGAAAUUCUUGGGAAGACUCGCACAAAAGACAAAUACCGCGUGGUCUACACGGACUAUCAAAGACUAGAACUCGAGAAGGAAUUUCAUAUGAAUCACUAUACCACUAUCAAACGCAAGGCGGACCUCGCUGCUCAGCUCGGUCUCACGGAGCGUCAGAUAAAGAUCUGGUUUCAAAACCGACGGGCGAAGGAGCGGAAGCUGUUGAAGAAGCAGCAGGAGCAAUCGAGAGAGCGGCAGAUGAGAGCGCAGGACGUAGUGGCGGCGGCCGCGGCGGCGGCCUCCACAACGUUGGAGGUGAUGGCUGGAGGUAUCAUGGGUUAUGCCACCGCCGGUACGGAAAUGGGUGGGAUGCUGGGCGGUCUGAUGCAGACCAACGAGAGCACCUCCUCCGCACCGCUCCCAGCGACGCCGACGACGUCGACAUCUCUGCCCACGUCGCAAUCCACGUCGCAGCCCGCGUCGCUGCCCACGACACUGCCUAUGCAAUACCCGGGCCACUCUAAUCCAAUGUAAAAGGGAUCCGCUGUCCGGAUCCUUUGGACGGCUCCACGAGGUGGAGCGAUGGCGAAGUAUCCAUCGUCUAUCACUUCGAACUCAACGUACAAAGGGAUUCGCAAGACAAACACAGCGACACAGGGGCACCGCGUAAAAUAAUUAAGACGCGUAAGGUAAUUUAAUUGUAGCUCGCACAUGAUACACAACGGCCUGUGAUAAACGACCGUUAAUUAAAUGGAUCGUUUGUGGAUUACAGAUCGUGGAAAGCGCAUUGAUCUCACUAAUCUCGCCGGAUACACGUCCACAGCGAUCCCCGUUAAUAUGACGGUCGUGCUUCGAUAUUUUACGUUCUACAUUCGUUAAUUCCGCAAGAAUUCCAAGUCGGAAGUGAAUGUCGAAUGUGGACUGCAUGGAUGCCUUCGCGCGCGCGCGCGCGCUUGGCAAUUCUGAGAUCUAAGUGUACACCCGUAUCUAGAUAUUCAUGCAGCCUACUACACGAUCGUGUUUCGUAAUUGUACCUGGAUAUUAGGGAAGAUCGAGGGGAAGGGUUAAAAAAAAUAGAGAGUUUGUUUGACUAUCCCCCUGUAAUAGGGAGAUUCAACCGUCUGCGCGAAUCGAGAAUUACGCGCACAGUCUGACGCUUUUAGCUUUAAGAUAGGGAUAGUAGUAUCCGAAAAUAAUCGAGUUAUCCAAACAAAUAUAUUAACUCUUUAACUACGGCAUGCAAAGGAGCUUCUUUGUAAGUAACUUACAGGGAAAAAUACUUGCAAUUAUGCAGACAUUGCACGAAUUUAUUAUUUCCAUCGGCAGAUCGACGUCGUAAAUUAACCGCGAGAAGCGUCGUAAAUUUCACUUUGCCUUUACCGCAACUGUUUCAAUUCCUACUAGAUCUAUAUGCACGCAUAUUAUUAUAUAUAUGAGAAUAAAUAUAUAUAAAAUAUAUAUUAUUGUUAUAUAUAAAUAGGAGGGGCGUGCAGCAUUCACAGCUGAAGAGUUAAUUGGUCUCGGAUCGGAUUCAGUUCAAAUCAAAGAGAUCGGAAUCGAACGCCGGAUGCUCGAAAAUUUUGGAUAUCACUCGUAUAUCACUAGUCAACGUAAUUUACGGCGCUCGUAAAUGUAAAAUUGCAAGGCGCGCACUAUGUAACUAUGUACACGUGACGAUGGAACGUGUGCAUGAUUAGGUGUCGAUGAAAAGUGCGCAUGACAUCACACAAAUUACUCUUUCUCCCAUUUGUUGUGAUUGAUCGUUAGCUUUCUGUAUCGACAUUAUCCGCGCGUGCGAAAGCACAUAUUUUCACGUUCGUCACGACGCGCGCGCCUUUUUCUUUUUUUUUCUUUCUUUUUUUUUUUGUUUUAUUUUUUCUCAACAAACCGAUAACCAUUUCACGCGAUUUAUUAUACCUGAGUACCUACGUCUUUUUUUUGUGUAUCGAUCGUCCUCGCGUAAAAGCCAAUAAGUGAGUACUCAGCUUCGAUCAUAAUAACCAUAAACGAUGAAAAUAAACGGAGAAAAUAGCGGAAAUAUUCGUCGGUGCCGCUUACGACGAUCGGGUUUGCCGUACGGUUUUAGGCGUACCCGUGAUCACGCUAAAUAGCGUGAACAUUCUGUUAAUACACUGUAAAUACGUGCAUUUGUAUAUAAACGCGUUGUAAAUGAAAUAAAAUUGUAAAUUAUGAAAUUAAAAGGGAUACGUGCCUUAAGGUAAAGUAUAUGGAUCGAAUAAUGGAUAAUGUCGAUAUGAGGAUAAUCAUUUCUAAUUCGAUACCUUAACAUAACGGCAUAAUAUAAUAGUGUUACAUUUGUUAAUAGCAAAGCAAGUGCUGCUUGAAUAUUACGAUAACAUCCGCGAAGUCUAUAUUUUCCCUAGACUUUUCGUAUAUUUCUUAUAGUAAAUAUUUACACGACAAAAAUGACGAUCGCUUCGCUCGGGACGCUAUCGCCAUAAUUGUAAAAUUAGCAGAUAAUAUUGUUCGUUGUUUUAUAACGUGAGAAAAGUAACGACGUAAUAUUUAAAUCUCCGAUAUAAUGGUUAAGAAUAAAUCUUAUCUGUUAUAAUUUUCUCUAUCUAUAAGAAUGUUUUUUUAUCGCUGCAAUCCAAAAAAAUUGUCUAAUCCUUUUUUUUGGAUUAUAUUGUUAUAAUAAUGCCUUUUUCGUGGACGA